UCAUUCCGUCACCUGAAAGACCUGCCUGACUUUCCCUUUUCCCCCGCUACCAACCCUUUCGUUACUACAGUCACCAUCAAACAAUCAUCCCGAACAACGAUAAUCAUAAUAACAACGACACCACGUCCCGACCUCAUUCAUAUCCUUCAACACUUCGACCGUAGUCAUUCGGAUUUCCACCCUCUGGUAUGUUUAUAUUUGUCUUUUAUAAAAAUCCCUUUUCCUUACGGUUACAAACCUUCGCCUUUAUAACUCUAUCCAUUUCUCCCGCAUUCCAUACUGACCGCAAGUAUAAGUAGUUGAUCUCUUCAGGAGACAUACCGCUGCCGACCAAAACAAGAACCCGCAAACUCACAACCCACACCUCUACGAAAUGGCGUUGAAGCGAAUCAACAAGGAACUCACAGACUUGGGCCGUGACCCCCCUUCAUCAUGCUCUGCUGGUCCCGUUGGUGAAGACUUGUUCCACUGGCAAGCGACGAUUAUGGGACCGGGCGACUCGCCGUACUCUGGAGGUGUCUUCUUCCUGGCAAUCCACUUCCCGACAGACUACCCGUUCAAGCCCCCUAAGGUCAACUUCACAACUCGUAUCUACCACCCGAAUAUCAACUCUAAUGGCAGCAUCUGCUUGGACAUCCUGAGGGACCAAUGGAGCCCGGCGUUGACCAUCUCUAAAGUCCUCCUGUCAAUCUGCUCUAUGCUUACCGACCCUAACCCCGAUGACCCUCUUGUCCCCGAGAUCGCUCACGUUUACAAGACUGACCGGGCAAGAUAUGAAGCUACGGCCCGCGAGUGGACUCGCAAGUAUGCCAUCUAAGAUUACGAGUAAGGAGAAUUCGCUGGCGAAGAAUGACGCUUGGCACCGGAGGUAGUGAGCAUAGCACUUUAUCGGUAGUGAUACUGGAAGGGACAUGGAUUCUUUCUUCCAACCUAGGCAAUACGAUCUGCAUUCACCAGUGUCCAUUCGUCGUUAUGGUUUAGUGUGCCUCUUCGAUGAACAUUAGAGCACAUGCUUUCAGGAGUGGAAUGAGAAUGACUUGCUAAGGAGGAUGAAGUUCUACGAAAGGCAUGAUAUGUUGGAGUGAUCUGGAGGGACUCUCUGGCUUUACAUUUUAUUCCUCCUUGACAUUCAUCACAGAUUUGUUUUAAUGCAUUCACGUUUCCCUUCUCUCUUUCCCGCAUUGUAUUUGUGAAGUCUACCAAUAAGCUCCAGGGCUUAUUACGGCCUAAAUAGUCUGAAGAACUCUCCUGAUUCCUAUAGAUGCCAUCCCAACUAGUGACAGCUGACAGCCCAUACGAUUAUGAAUGGUAAUUAAUCUCAAGCCUUGAGAAGGAUUAUUAGGGUUCGCCAUUAUGGGUUGAGCCACCUGUAAUAUCAACGUAAAGCCAACCAAUCCAAGAUGCCAGGAUCAGCCCGAGUCAACUUUUUGGGGGCUUUUUUUUUCUUAAGUGCCUAGGUGAAGAUAUUUUUGAAUACGGCGUUUCGAUUUCUGAUUUAGGUGCAUGUGAUGGAGGAAGUAAGAUAUACACUAUAGAAACGUGGCGUAUGCAUUUACCCACAU